AUGACAACGUCUACAUAUGAUGCUUCGCAUGAAAUCGAGAGGGAUAGUGGAUCUGAAGAUGAUUUCAAAAUGAAUAUUGAUGAAGUUUAUUCAUCAGACGUGGAUAGCGACGAAUCAAACGACGAACUAACACAGGGAGAAGAAUCUGUAAAUCUAAACUGGAGUAAAACUACUUUUGAACCACAUCUAUUUCACUUCGACAAGCAAAACUCUGGUGUUUCAUCAAAAAUUAACGCUAUGGAAAAACCAUACUCCUCUUGA